CGCGGCACGCGGGGCUGCGUGGAGCCAUGGCGGCGGGGGGGCGCGGCGGCGGCCGGGAGCUGCUCGCCCUCAUCCACCAGCACCUGCUGCGCGCCGGUUACGCGCGGGCUGCCCGCGAGUUGCAGGCGCAGAUCGGGCAGAAAUUACUCCCUUCUCUCUUGACCUCUCUCGAGGACAUCUUUACCCACUGGGAAAAAACUCCCUCAAAUUCCAGAAGAAGAAAGCUAAGUGAUGAGGACACUCCCAUCCCAGAAAAGAUCAGAGUUCCCGAUCCUGUGAGCAGCUCUGAGAGCUCAGAUAAAGAAGAGGAUGAGAAAGAGAAGGCGAAAGCUACAAAUGCCAGCCUUGCCGUGCCCGCAAACUCUGGAGUGAAUGUAGAAAGCAGUGAAGAUGAUGACUCCUCAUCAGAAGAAGAGACACCGGCUGGAAAAGGUGCAGUUACGGUGACACCAGCUGUGGUGAGUGGCAAAGCUGCGAAUUCCCUGCAUUCUCCUACCAAACCUGCUGCCCCAGCAGGCAAAGCAGCGACACUCUCUGCUGCAAAUAGAACUGUGGUCUCAAAUAAGCAGCAACCCAAUGCGCCAGCGGCAUCUGCAGCUCUGGCCAAGGCUGGGCAGAAACUGCCCAGUCCUGGGAAGCCUGGAAAUGCCACAACAGCCAUGGCCAAAGUAGGUCAAAGCAAAGCACCAGUAAUGACCAAAGCACCGGAAAGCUCCAGCAGCAGCAGCAGCAGCUCUUCAUCGGAGAGCGAGGAGGAAAAAGAAGUGCUGUCUGUAAAGGCCCCAGCACCCAAAGUGGAGCUGAAGCAGGCAGCUGGGGCUGCUGAGAGCAGCAGCGAGGAGUCAAGUGAUGAGACAUCCGAGGAGGAGGAACUUGCAACUCCAGUGGUCCAGACAAAACCAGCUGUGAAAACAUUGCAGGUUAAUGCAGCACCUGUGAAAAGUGCACCUGCUCCUCCAGUGUCCCUUAAGAAGAAUGCAGUGAGGCAAACAGCACUGGCACCAAACCAGGCCAAACCUGCGUCUACAAUGGUUCCUGGGGCUGCAAAGCCCGAUGACACAUCAGAGAGCAGCGACUCAUCAGACAGUGAAGAUGAGAAACUUCCAUCCGUAACCCAAGCCACACCGUCCACGAUGAAACCUACACCAGCACCAUCACUGCCUGGCAAAGCAGCUCCAGCGAAAGCGCUUCCAUCGAACCAAGGAAAGCCAGCACCAAAACCAGCAGUGCCAAAGCAGGCCAAAACCACCCUGGGAAGGACUGCUGCCCCCACGAAGCCUACUGAAAGUACAAAGCCAGUGGAGAUCUCUGACUCCUCAGACAGCGAAGAAGAGGAUCUCCCUGUGCCCGUCAGCCAGAAGAGGUUAACAGAACAUCCUGGGGCUGUUCCCAACCUGAGCCAGACUGCUAAAGCUGGGUUGUCUGAAAAAGCAGCAGCAAGCACCUUGAAAAGCCAGACCUCAGAAAGUGAGAGCAGUGACUCUUCUGACAGUGAAGAGGAGUCCCCUGCAGCACAGACACAACCUCCGCAAGCUGUGAAGACCAGUGCUUUGCCCCAGCCACCAAAUGUGAAGAAGGCACCGACUCCAGCACCAACACCAGCCCCUCUACACGUGGACAGCAGCGAUGAUUCCAGCGGAGAGUCUGAUUCAGAAGAAGAAGUAGUGCCCCCUUCACAGAGUCUGUCCCAGCAGAAUGUCAAAGCAAACAAGGUUUCAAGCACAGUGUCUACCAAGGUUAAUGCCACACUGCCAUUGGGGAAGGGGGUAAAAGUGUCUGCUGUCCCUUCACUUAGAGUGUCUGAGAGCUCCAGUGGUGAUUGCUCGAACCAAGACAUGCUGGCAGGAUGGGCCCCGCCUCAUUCUUGCCCAAAGCAAACGGUUCCUGUGGGAAAAGCUCCUCCAGCCAACACUGUCACCCCACAGGCUGCUUCGCUUCUGGGAAGUACCACCACCACCACGUCAAGGAAGCCAAGCAUGCAGCCAGCACAGGACGCCCGGCUGAGCCAGGCUGCAGCGCCCACCCAGGCAGAGGAGACCUCAGACAGUAGCAGUUCCUCAGACAGUGACGAGGAGGAGAUGCCCAAGCAGCCCCCCAAACCUGCAGGCUUGCUGCAGAAACCAGGAGCGACCCAGCCAGUGCACAGCUCCUCCUCGGAGUCCAGUGAGGAGGAGGAGGCAGCGUCGCAGUCCCUCCUCGCAGGCUAUCCGGGCCUCUCCACAACCCCAGCAGCACCUCAAACACCAAAGACGGUUCCCUCACAACCUGUAGGCAAAGUGGGGCAAGGAAAAGCAGACGUGACUGCUGCGAACUCCCUCGCCAAGGCCUCCGUGAAGGCAACCCCAGCCGACAGUUCCAGCAGUGAUAGCAGUGACUCUGACACAGAUGUCAACGAGGUGGCUAUAAACCACAAAGCAGAAAACAACCUCCCUCCAGGGCAGGAAGCCACAGGAGCCUCCAACAAAGAGAAGGUGGCAGGAAAAUCGGAGCCAAAUCAUGCCAAUGUCAAACCUUCCCCAGUCAAAAAAGGCCUGGUUGGGAAAGAGAAUGAUGUUGGGGCAAAAGGGGCACAAGCGACCACAGUGUCUCAGGCACUGUCCUCCAUCCCACAACCAGAGGAGUCAAGCUCAGGGAGUGGAACAGUGGUCACCACUGCUGCCAAAGCUCCUGCAGUGCAAACACUGGAAGGGAUGGAAGAGAAGAAUAAGAAGAAAAAGGAGAAAAAAGAAAAGAAGGAAAAGAAGAAAUCUGCUGCCACAGCAGACAAGGCUGUGAAAACCAAGAGCAAAGACAAAGAGAGUAAGAAACAGAAAACAUCUCAGAAGCGGAAACUGCCAGAUGAGGAUGGGGCUGUUGGGCAGCCUAAGGAGAAGAAGCGGAAAGGGCAAGCAAAUGAAGAAGUACCCAAAAAGAAAAAGAAGAAAGCAGCUGGUGACCUGGUGAAGUUGUCAGGCAGCAAGGAAAAGAAAAAAUCAUCUAAAAAAAAAAAGACUGAAAAAGAAAAAAAGAAGAACAAAAAGGUGUCUUCGGAAGAGCCUGUAGCAGAUGAGGCUGCUGAGGCUCACAAGAAGAAGAAAAAGAAGGUAUGUGCAAGACCUUGGGAUGGGGUACCAUGGAAGAGCUGUUCUGGACUGUGGCCAUGAUGCUUGUCCUUGCAGUGUGCCAGGCUGGAGAGGAACAGAGCUGUGUCCUGGCCUUGCUGGCAGCCCAGAAGAGGCUGCAGUUAGCUGUGACUAGUCUUGAAACACCCUGACCUUUGGCUGGUUGAAGUUGGAGUGGCUCAAAGAAGGGCCUGUUCUUGUAUCAAUGUCCUGGGAGAGAUCCCUUUCCCUGGGAGGGUCAAACCCAGGGGCCUCUUUCGGUGGCUGAGAGCCUGCCCAAGGAGUAAGUGCUGCUCUUCUGCUGUCUGUCCAUCUAGCUGUUCUCAGCAGAAACUGGUGCUCUGAGGGCUUGAGAGGCUAUUGCGUUCCAUCCCAGGUGCUAGGAGGGGGGGCAGAGGGACACUAUAGGAUGUUCCCUGUAGUGGUUAUGUCCCUGUAGAGAUGGUAGCCAGUAAGCUGCCUGUGGCUUUUCUGGGCCCUUUGUGUUUGUGGCACGGAUGAUACUGAUGUAUUUUUCACCCUUUUCUUUUUAGAAGAAGAAAACAGCUGAGCCUGAAGGAUUGUGAAGGUACACAGCCUGUGGGGACUGCCAGUUGGUACCUCUGAACGGCGGUAACCUUGGCCAAAUUCAGUACUCCGGGGCCAGUCUUGGGAAGACAGUGUGCCCUCUAAAUGCUCUCCAAGCCAGCCUGGCCCUAGGUUAGAGGGCCAGGGAGCGGAGUGGUGUGAGGAAAGUCAUACAGCAGUGCGCUGGCUUCUCUGGAUGUGUCUGACCUCAACUGUUUAGCUGCUGAGAAUCGGAUGUCCAACCUGGAUGUUGCUGUGCUCUGUCAUCAGCAGAGACAAGCGGCCUCUGGCAGUGUCUGUCUGUCCCUGCUGACCACAGGCAGCUUGGAAAAGUGAUAUGGAUUAGAUGGUGAUGUUGUAGCCACCUGGAAUUGGACUAGAUGACUCUGCCCUUGCUCUGCUCAGCUGUAAGGCUGUUCUCCUCCCCAUCCCUAACUUUUUUAACUCCUCUCCCUAAAGGUACCGCAUCCCUGUGAUUAAGGAUUUAUGGGUGAAGAUCAAACAGAAGAGAGGAAAAGGAAGCUCAUCGGGAGAAUUCCGACUGUUUUUUUUCUUUUAAAUAAUAAUUUAUAACUUCUUUUAACUGUGACUUUUGGAGCAGAGCAGAGUAACUCCCUGCCUCCUGCCCUGCCUGGGCCCAGAGACCUGUACAUUUCCCCUCCCAAUGGCUCGGCUGUUGGCACCAGAACUGAACUGAAGGGGGCAGUUUGACCAGGGAAGACCGAGCUUGCACAAACUGCUUUCCUCCUAGCUGACACCCAGCCAUCCCUUUCUCUCUCAUUACAGAGCUAUAUUUUUAAGAGAAACUUUUACCUUUUUUUUUCUCCCCCUUCCUGUUCCUGUGAUUUGUGGUGUCAGUCCUUUUGCUACUAUGGAAGAGAGCUCUUGGGUUUACUUUUUAUUCUGACACUGAGGGCAGUGAUUGUUGUGUCCCUGGAGUUGCACUGAACGGUUGUGUCCGGCAGCUGUUCUCAGCCAAUGCGGCGAAAUAUUUUGUGGUUUGGUUUUUUUAUGGAAUACAAAAUAAAAAACAAACAACAUUGAUAUUUGUUUUGGAUGCUUUCAAAGGAGGAAGGGUGAGAAGAAGAAGCCUUUGGUUCAGGGACCAAACCCAGACCAGGGGAGCAGGGCAGGCACUGGGGCUGAGCCAAGGCUCGGGCUCAGUUUUCUCUGCCCUUCUCCCUGCAACAUCCUCCAGAGCCCAGGUUCACACGUAUUGCUUCAACCCUUGGGGAAAAUCAACUAUUGGGUAAAAAUUAUUUGCUUUCUGCCUGCUCCCUGAGGAAAAGCAGACCUUGUUUCUCAGGUUUGAACUGCAAGUUCUACUGUUUGGUUUUUUUUUCAUUACUAAGAUGCUGUGUAGGGGCAGGUGCUGAGAGCAGGUUUGUGCAGGGCCCUGUGCAGACCCAGCCUGCCCCCUCACAGCCAUCCACGACCCUGCACUUUGCACUGGGCUUGUGCCUGGUUUCCUGGCUUCACUCUCAGCCUGGGGUUUAGCAGGUGAGGGGAAAGAGAGACUGGAUCCCCUUGUCUCCCCCCUCCCAUGCUGUGCCGCUGGGGUCCAGGCUCCAUUGGUGAGGGCAGAGCUCUCCAGCUGCCACCCUCACACCUGCAUGAGGGUGUGGGAGCGAGAUGGCUCCAGGCGCAGGGGGCUGCUCUCCUCCCAAGUUGCAACUCAUUUAAAGGUGACUUCAGCCUCCCGAGUUGUGCCGAGUUGCAGGGAAGGCUGAACAGUCAUGGGCCAGGAAUAUAGCAAGGAAUAUGUCUGAUCUCAGGUGGGAGCACAGAUGUCCGUGUGUCUGCAGAGAAGUUUCUUUUUCUCUUCUUAAGAAGAUUCUUAAGCUACAAACUACAAGCGCCACCCUGCUAGAGUUGCCUACAAAGCUUUCUUAUUCAAAAGUUUAUUAGAAAUCAUUUGCUUGUGAAGUUAUUUAUAAAGGAACAAUUGGAUAAAGUCAGAAUUAGAAGCUCCGCGCCCGCUGUUACCCACCGCUGCGGCUGCUCUCCAGCCUGAGGGCAAAAGCCAAAAGUGAGCAUCUAUCUCUACAGAACCAUCACUCCAUGAAAAACAACCCCCACCCCAGCAAUCUAACAGGGCUUCAGUGUGCAGGGGUCAGUUAAGAAGCAGGUGGAGGUUGUUUUGCUGCUUUUAAUGUUCAGUGUUAGAUAGCAUUACUGGCUAGUGCUUCAGCAGGGGUGAGCUCCAC